AUCAGGUCUUCCCCGUUUCUCGUAAUUCCUUCUGUGUCCCCUCCAAUGGCGGCAAUCUCCAGCUUCUCCUCGCGCCCAAAUUCCAGCCCCAUCCUAAACCCUAACUUCAUCUCCCCCAUGCUGCAGCCGUACCUUGAUCAGCAGCGGCAGCAUGUUCAACCAGACUCGCCGCCGGACGAUCGGACCUCCUACGACACCGAUCUGGACGAAGGGUACAGCGGGUCCAUCUCCUCCUCCGAAGACAGCUCCAUCGCUCUAAACCCAAAGCUAAGCUCAAACCCUAGCCCGAUCAAGCUCCUCCAUGUCUCAUUCAACCAGGACUACGGCUGUUUUGCCACCGGCAACGACCGGGGGUUCAGAAUCUACAACUGCGACCCUUUCCAGGAGAUAUUCCGCCGCGAUUUUGACGGCGGCGGUGGUGGGAUGGGCGUGGUCGAGAUGCUCUUCCGAUGCAACAUCUUUGUCCUGGUAGGUGGCGGAGAUGCGCCCCAGUACCCGUUGAACAAGGUCAUGGUUUGGGACGAUCACAAGAGGCAGUGCAUUAUCGAGCUUUCCUUCAGGUCGGAAGUGCGUGGGAUCCGAUUGCGGAGGGACCGGAUUGUUGUUGUCCUUGAGCAGAAAAUUUACGUCUACAAUUUUGUGGAUACGAAGCUGUUGCAUCAGAUUGAGACGAUUGCAAACCCCAAGGGGCUCUGUGCGGUUUCGCAGGCUGCGGGUUCAUUUGUUUUGGUUUGCCCGGGGUUACAGAAGGGGCAGGUCAGGGUAGAGCAUUACGGGUCUAAGAGGACUAAGUUCAUCAUGGCUCAUGAUUCGAGUAUUGCGUGCAUUACGCUGUCUCAAGACGGUAACUUUCUGGCAACGGCGAGCAGUAAGGGGACUUUGAUUCGGAUAUAUAAUACGCAUAACGGGAGUUUGCUGCAGGAGGUACGAAGGGGGGCAGACAGGGCAGACAUAUAUAGUCUGGCAUUUUCACCCACAGCCCAGUGGCUGGCACUCUCAAGUGAUAAGGGCACUGCUCAUGUUUUCGGCCUUAAGGUUAAUUCUGGAUAUGCUGGAAGCGAACGGUCGAGUAGUCCCGAGUCAAAGCCUUCCAUUGCGACUUCAAGUUCUUCCUUGUCUUUCAUUAAAGGAGUGCUGCCGAAGUACUUCAGCUCAGAGUGGUCUGUAGCCCAGUUUAGGUUACCUGAAGGAUCCCAAUAUAUUGUUGGUUUUGGUCACCAGAAGAACACAAUGAUAAUUCUCGGCUUAGAUGGAAGUUUCUACAGAUGCAAAUUCAACCCAGCAACUGGUGGGGAGAUGACUCAGUUGGAGUAUCACAAUUUUCUGAAUCCGGAAGAAGCUUUCUAGUGUAACUCACCCGUUUUUCUUGCUAAUUUGUGGGUAACACUACACACACCUGAAGUAAAUAUUAAGUGUAAAUAGUAACCAACAGUUUGAAACUGGUGAUAUGCAAGGAGUCUUUCUAAGUUAUGCAAAUCACAUAUAGUCCUGUUCUUUGUCUGCUUGUCCUUUGUUUCUGGUCCUCACAUUUUCUGAAUUUCAUAUUCACCCAAAAUUAUUUGCAAUUUUCUACCUAUGUAGAUUAACACGCACCUAUAUAGAUGUGUGGGAAUGUGCAUGGUCUGAUGGUUAAAACCUAUGUAGAUGUGUGUAAAGUGCAUGAUUUGAUGGUUAAAA